GAGUGUCAUGGUCAGAUGUAGACUUACGGACACACUGUAUGCUGUCGCGGUAUAGCUUCAUUGGCAGCGGCAAGUAUGAGAGGAGAUAAGUUUACAGGGUGAGCUCGGCUGGUUGGCAGCCGCUGUCGCAUUCUUGGCGAGACGAGGCAAACCGUUGGACGUCGAAAAGUCGCGGGACAGUGUGUGUUACUGGAAAAUAAGUGGUGGACACAUACGGUUGUUGGAUACAGAGCGGCUGCGGCGGCGGCGGGAGCGGCAGGAGCAGCGUGUCCAGUGGCGGUGUGUCCUUUGGCGGCGGUCCCGCUGCUAGCGAAACAUGAACAAAAACCACCGAGUGCCGAGCAGCCGUUCACUGAGUGCCGUGGAGGUGAAGAGCAAGUUUGGUGCAGAGUUUCGUCGGUUCUCGCUGGAUCGGUCGAAGCCGGGUCGCUUUGAUGAGUUCUACGGCCUCUUGCAGCAUGUUCAUCGCAUCCCCAAUGUGGAGUUGUUGGUGGGCUAUGCCGAUGUGCAUGGGGACCUGCUGCCCAUCAACAAUGAUGACAACUACCACAAAGCCAUCACCACUGCCAGCCCCCUACUCAGGCUGUUCCUGCAGAGGAAAGAGGAGGCUGAUUACACGACUUUUGGCACCGACUCGCUGACCCGAAAGAAAAAUACAGUGCUUUCUGCAGUUCUUUUGAGACCUGACGCCAACAGGAAAAAACCACCGGUGAUCAUCAGCCUGCCUAGGGACUUCCGCCCUGUCUCCUCCAUCAUAGAUGUGGACAUCCUCCCUGAGACGCACCGACGCGUUCGCCUGUACAAGCACGGCCAAGAAAAACCUCUGGGCUUCUAUAUCCGUGAUGGCUCCAGCGUACGAGUCACUCCACAGGGCCUGGAGAAAGUCCCGGGGAUAUUCAUCUCUCGCAUGGUGCCCGGCGGCCUGGCAGAGAGCACCGGCCUGCUGGCAGUCAAUGACGAAGUGCUGGAGGUGAAUGGUAUCGAGGUGGCUGGGAAGUCUCUGGACCAGGUCACGGACAUGAUGAUCGCCAACAGCCACAACCUCAUCAUCACCGUCAAGCCCGCCAACCAGCGGAACAAUGUUGUUCGCAGUGGAGGAGGAGGAGGCGGGGCGUCCGGUAGCUCAGGACGCUCGUCAGACAGUGGUGCCAGCUACUAUGGCUACUCAUCGCACGGUGGGGUCGGUGCCCCGGCCUCCAUGCCAUCGCACAUCAUCCAGAACUUCCCUGUCGGAGAGCUGGAGAGCGACGAGGACGACGAGGACCUCGUGAUCGAGGCAGGAGGCGAGGCUGAGCCCAUCAGACGGGCCCCCUCCAACUAUAGCAUGCCCUCGCUGCCUCGCUAUGAACCGCACCUCAACCUCCGCUCUGCCACCACCUCCGCCCUUUCCAUCAACGCCAAUGGGACCCUGCCAGCCAGUGGCAGCAGUGGAUCACUGAGCAACGCCAAUGCCACUUUGACCACGCCGUCACCAGACAGAGCAAUGGAGAGGCGGAGUCUGGAGGAGGAUGGCACUGUUAUAACUCUGUAGACUGGGCAUUCAUACACUGGAAACCAGAGAGACAAAUACCCAAAUACCUAUUCCACACACUUCUGAGAGUCAUGGAUCAGAAGAUCAAACACAGGAACACCCGGUACCAUCAGUGACUGUACUUGAGAAGCACAAUGAAAUGUGUACAUAUUAAAUCUCAACGCGACACUGACACCUAAAUGUUUGUUCAUCCUUUUACAUUUACGCAUCAAACACAGCACCCCAUACUUUGCUCCUUUACAUGCCAAUGACGCAUGUGUGCCAUAGUGGUGACGCCCUCCCUGUUGCUGCAGGCUCAAAAAUGACAGAGAAAAGAAGUGUAGGAAAAGUGUAAUUUGGUGCCCCCCUGCCCUUCACAUUGUUUCUAAAUCACUGGAAGCACUUGUUUUUACUCCUAAAACUGUUUCUAUGCUGAGCUUCCACUAGAGGGCAGAGAUGAGAGACCCCAUCCUCCCCAUUUUUUCCCAUCAGUCCCAUUAAUAGACGAAGGUAGAAGUCUUGUAAGCAAGUUCAUUCCUACGGCCCCAUAUAAAGUACACACUGAAGCAGGAUUUUAGCUAAUGCGUUUGUUGACAAUCUGUUUUUUUUCCACCCCACCCCUGCACCACAGUACGACCACCCCCCUCCCCCCGUUGACCACGGCAUGCGAUUGGUACACAGUUGCGGUACUUUCCACACAAUGCAGUGCCACAACAAUCGACCAAGUGCUGAGAUCUGCAAUAAUACUGUAGUUUUUAUUGAGGAGAAACCACAUAAGAAACAAGUCUGGGUUCGUUGUGUUUGCUCAGAUGCUUUUAACCACUGUUAUUUGCUGCUUGUCCUUUCUCUACCUGCUGUGAUCAUGACUGACUGAUAAUGAAAGGUUGAUGAUUUUGAUUAUUCAUGGGAUCAACUUGUCUUCUGAAAAUCCCUUUACUAUUAGGCCUGUGUUUUAUAUUAUUUUAAAAUUUUCUUUUUCUUCUUUUUGUAAAAAAUACAAAACAAAACAAAAACAUACCAGAUACAAGUGACUGUAUGACCAGUUUCCAUCUGGCCCUUUGUAAUUUUUGGGUCACGCCAGAAAAUUGCCCCUACCUGGAAAUGGGACAUCUUAGAAAUAACCUCUCUCUCAGAUUUCCUUCAUAUUGCACUCUCUCCUUUCCACGACAAGGGCUAUUUCCCCUGCUGCAUGUGUACAAAUGACAAAAUGUGAAUGUGAUUUAAUUUGUUUUCUUUGUUUUCUCCCUCUUCAUUCUGUCUGGUCCAUAACUCAAUAUGUCUAACCUCAGUGCUGUAAAGUUUAUUCCUCUCUGCUGUUUCCUCGUCAGAACCAGAAUUCACCUGGAUGUGUCCCGAGACAGUCACAUAUGAAAGGUGUUCUCUCCAGUACAUUUUUACAUUGAAUUCAAUUAAUGACACACUAGGAAGGAAUGUUAAGACAACUGGUUUCAGAAUAGCUACUGAAUAUUGAUUAUGGGCCUAACUGGCUAAUUGGCCCAUAGUCAAUAUUAACUGUACUGUUUAAUAGCUGUACUGUAACUUUAUUAGCAAAUACAGCCACAGAUGUGAGUUGAAGUGGGCAAUGCAUACAGUGACAAUAGAGAAACUGCCUUUAUCUCAAAAUAAUUCCAGGUCAGAUUGAGUCAUAUUUAAACAAACACACAUGCAGGUACACUGGGCACAAACGCUCUCUGUAUUUGAUGAAGGUGAGGUCUGUCUUAUGUACAGUCCGUCUUGGCUCUGCUCUGUAUGUGCUUUCCUUGAAAAGUCCCUAACAAGGCUUCCUCUCAGAAAAAAAACUUCUUCAGAAAUCAUGGUUGCAUUUUUUCUUCAAAGCUGCAGUCGUAAACAUUGUUUUAAUAUUAAAACUCCAAAAUCCUCUGAGGCAAAUUUGUGAUUUCAGGCUGUAUGAAUACAAGUGAGGUUAUCUUCACCAACAAAUUUUCAUACUGCAGCUUUAAAUUGUAUUUGUGGGAUUUUUGUACUUGACUCUGAUGAAUUUUCUGGUGAAAUCACUCAGAAGUGUGUGUUCCUGAUCACAUCUCAUGAAAAGUUCUCCACAGAAACAAGUAAUUCUGCCACAGUUUUAGUUCCUGUUUUUAAAGCGGAUCCACAACGUUGAUUGGAAGGAUAUACCCAUUAACAUUACAUGCUGCUGCUAACUGCCUUCCUGAAGUGAGAGCAGAUGCUCUAUUAUUUCCCUUAUUGAUUUUCAGCAUUUUUAACUCCCAUUAAAAGUGAAACAUAGACUCACUCACAUAAACAUGGUUGACACAUACUCUCAGUAAUGUUAAUUGGCUCCAUGAACCUAUGUGCACUUGAAACGCAGUACACUCACACAAGUCACCAUCAUGCUAUUGUUCAUUUGUAGCUCUGUUCAUUGUUUGAAUAUCUGAUGAGCCUAUCAAACAGUGAAUAUCACUGACUGGAAACCAAGACACAGGUCAUAUAUGUGCGUCCACUCGUGUAUUUCAAGUUGUUUGUAUACACUACUGUCUUUUUGGCCUGUUAUGGUACACUGAGUGCUGGUGGGAUUCUGCCUUCUUUCAUUGCCGACAUUAAACAGUAAUGAAUGGUACUCUGGAUGGAAGACUUUUAGAAAUCAAUGUUAAUUUAUUUUCUGUAUUUCUAACUUUACCACAGGACACUGGGAUUGUAACCACAGCAACAUUGUUAUUUAUUCUCUAAUCAUCCGUCUGCGUACUCUUCUUUGUACACAUUUUAUGACUUUAUUUUUAUAACUGAUACGUUUUUGUUUGUUCAUGACAGUUUUGCUUAUAAAUCUCGCGGUAGAUGUUAUUGCCCAAAAGGAGAUGAUUUUAGUGGGAGGUUUUACUGUUCUGGCUAAAGCAACAGGAGAAUGCGUGUUCAAGAUAUGACACUAUUAUUAUUUCCAUACUGUGAAUUAUCAAUAUUAUGUUGUGGGAGAGAAACAGUUGUAUUAGCACAACCUCAAAACAGGCUACAUGUUUUACUUUGUGUCCAUUUUUUUAAGUGAUGAGCAAUGAUUGCUUGCCAGAUAAAUCCUAUGGUAUAGAUUUGUAAUGAAGAUUGUCAGUAUUUUCAUAUCGAUGCUAUAUAUGAUGUACAUUUUUAUCACAUUUAAUGAAAAUGUUUUGAGAUUCAACUGAAGAUAUAUAAAUAAAUCGAUGUACACCUGUAAUUGCUGAUUGGAGGAGCUGGAUAAAAUAAACUAAUGU